CGGGAAUGGGAUGGUGAGCGCGCCCGAGGAUACCCUCUUACCACUGUCUUCACACAAUCCCAAUCUUAGCACGUUUGGUUUUGCUUGCGGUAUGUUCGAACUGACUUUUGGGCGUCUUUUCUGACAUAUUACUUAUUGACGGAACUUUUUAUGUACAGUCCUGAAAUCUGGCAUCAUCGCCUCAUUCUUUACCUCGUCCUGUUAUCCCCACUAGCUAUUCCCCAGUCUCAUCCAUUCCCUUUCGUACUGUCUUAAUCAUACCUUCCAGUUAAGGACAACUAUCAAGCGCAUCUCCUGGUACUAUCAAGCUUGGAUGUCCUCAUUGGCUUUCAUCUAGACGUUCAAAAUCUCAUCCAGACCCUCCUUUAUCCCCACCCUCUUUGCAAGUCCACUAUGUUUUGCAGUUCUGGCUCCCCAUAACCCCUGACCUUUCAGACCGCUGUCUCUCUUAGUGAACGAUGACCCUACUCAAAAGCGCCCGUGCAUCAUCCAAGGCAGAAGGCAAGCAACGUGCUCGAGACGAGGGUACGGGUGGUGCUGGUGGUGUGGUAUUAGAACUUGAGAUGGUGACCACCAGCUACGAUUCAGUUGCCUAUACCGUGCCCGUGUCAGUAGGCGCAGCUCAGCAAAACCUUUCCCUUCAAAUUGAUACAGGCUCAUCGGAUCUUUGGAUCGCAUCAAAAUCGUGUUCCACUGCAUCGUGUUCAUCUACAGAUGGUCGCCUCUACGAUCCGACCUCCUCAACGUCAAGUGGCGCUAGUUUUACCAUCGCUUAUCUCUCCGGAACCGUUAGCGGGCCCAUAGUAUGGGAUACAGUCCAGCUCGGAACAUACAGUGUGGAGAAUCAGGCGCUGGCUGCUGUUAACACGGUAUCCAACGAGCCCCUCAGCUUAGAUUUUGACGGUAUCCUUGGUCUCGCUCUUCCUGUUAAUUCGAUCAUCGAGCAAACAAUUCCCCCGACCACGAACAACAACCCAGAUGGCGCAUCGUUUUCCUCGAAUCUGUUUUCCAUGACGCCCGCCUCGACAGCUCCAUCACAACCGUUCUUCUCCCUCACUUUUGCUCGUCCUGGUUCGGAUGCAAUUCCAUCACUUCUUGGAAUUGGUAUGCAUCCUUCAUCUGUGGUUCCAGAUCCUUCGAAAAUCCAGUAUUCGACGCUUGUGAGCCAGGGCGUUGGCAUAUUAUUCUGGAAAACCAAUGUUCGAGCCAUUACGGUCUACGUAAAUGGUCAGGCACGUCCUGUAGUACUAACCGAGUCUGUUACUGGUGCUGCCUUCCCCACUGCACUGCUCGACUCUGGGGUGCCAUUUAUCGUCACGACAUCGUCUAUUGCAAACGGAAUAUAUGGCGCAUUGGGCAUAAGCCCAGCCUCGGACGGCAAUUACUAUGUCCCUUGUACGACCCCACUCAAUAUGACCAUUACUCUUGACGGCCAACCGGAGCUACCCAUCCACCCACUCGACCUCACCAGCGAGCCGUCUGGGCAGCACAACUCACAGUACUGCAUCGGCCUUAUCCAGGCUGACGACUCACAACUUACUGCUAAUUCUGACAUCGGGGACAUGGUCCUCGGCGUUCCUUUCAUGCGCAACGUCUACACCGUGCUUGCGUACGAACCUCCACCCUUUAACAUGUCUGUUUACGCUGGAAUCCGACCAACACUCGGACUUAUGGGACUCACGAACAUAACUCAAGCGCUUGAUGAGUUUAACAAUGUGCGCGUUCUCAAUCAGCCACUUGGCGGCGCACCACCGCCACAGGUCACUUUUUCAAGCGAACCAAAGAUGUCAGUGGGCCUCGAAGUUCUUAUUGGCCUGAUUGGCUUCUUCGCACUAUGCGUCACACUUUUCGGGUUGAAAUGGUUCAUGACGCGGCGGCAGUGGAAGAAGCAGGGGAUGGUUGACACAGAUGGAGGGAAGAAAGGCGAAGGCGAGUAUGGGGUCUACCAACUUACGAGGCGCAAUUCGCAGUCAAGCGAUGAUGCUCCUGUUAGUACUCUCAGGACGCUUGCAUACGCUACGAGGAAACAGAAAGUGUCCCAGUAUACUUUCGACUCAAACAGGACCCCGAUCCUUGGGAUCCCUUAUGCUGCCAAUCGAGAUACGAUUGUAGGCACUGAUGCGCCCUUGCCCGAUACUCCCACUUCCCUCGAUUUUUUGACCACGAACCAUCGACGAACGUCGGAUGAAAUCAGUUGCGUGCCGGAAAGCACGUCUGUUCCCUUACUCACAAACCGGCAUCGCCGAAGAAGCGGCUCGCAGAGCAGUGAUGGCGACGUUGCGGAGGCUGGUGUAGGUAUGGCAGGCGUUGGCACCGUUGCACGCGGGAGCCAAAUUAUCACUGGUUUACAUAAUAACCUAUCUCGGAGCGACAGCGUUGACAGGAACUCGUCAUCCUUGGGUCCGAGUACUGAAGUCGUCACUCCGUCAUGGCGACUUUCGACAUCACACGAGCAUCCUGAUACUGUUCAUGUCGACAUUCGUUGACGGACAUGGAUGCUGGGCUUUAUUAAGAGCAUUACUGCUUUCCAUCUCAUCUCAUUUCAUCCCACGCACACUCUACCGACGCUCUUUGAUGUUUGGAUAUAUGUGGUAUACUGAUGCAUAGUUGUUCGUCUGGACUUUUUAUAUGGGCUCAUUACCUGGACUAUCGUGCGUAUUCGUAUAAGUAUGAUACAGUCAAGCCAAUUGGUGCAGAUCCACCAGAUACAUGUACAUCAUUUGUAUUUAGAGCGAAUAUAUUAUAACUACUCAUUCGUUAAAAUCCA